UACUACCAGUUAUUUAUAAUAUGAUGAAAACUUUUAUCAUUACCAUUAUUAUCACAUUUGUGUCCAUCAGAUUAAUAGACAGCGGACAGGGAGACGAUGGUACAUUCCUCGAUGCCGUCAGAUAUACCGUUCCGACCGAAGAACCAGAAUUUGUAGGUCAGGUGCCAAAUGUGACGGCAGCUAUUGGAAGGGACGCCAAAAUACCAUGUGUCGUCAAGCAUUUGGACACUUAUAGGGUGGCUUGGCUUAGGGUCGAGGAUAAGACUAUACUGACGAUUCAUCAUCACGUGAUUACACGCGAUAACCGAAUCAGUUUAAGUCUAACGGAUAACAAUGUUUGGACACUUCAUAUAAAGGGUGUUCAGGACUCGGAUCGCGGAGGCUACAUGUGUCAGAUCAAUACAAUGCCUAUGAAGAGUCAGGUCGGAUACGUGGACGUGACGGUUCCGCCCGAUUUUAUCAAUGCUGACACCAGUACUGACGUUAUGGUUAGAGAGAACCUGAAUGUCACUCUUAAAUGUAAAGCUAAAGGCCAUCCCCAGCCCAGACUUAUGUGGAGACGUGAGGACAAUCAGCCACUAGAGUACGGCAAUUGGCAACAAAACAAGAAUCAGGGCAUAGACUAUGAGACCACAUUAGAGGGGGAAAAGUUGACAAUUUAUAAAGUAAGUCGACUACAUAUGGGAGCAUAUCUAUGUAUCGCACAAAACGGUGUCCCGCCGUCAGUCUCACGACGUAUUGUAUUACAAGUUCAUUUUCCGCCAAUGAUAUGGAUUCCCAAUCAAUUAGUCGGUGCCUCCAUUGGAGGUGAAGUAACACUAGAUUGCAAUACAGAAGCCUUUCCUCUAUCAUUGAAUUACUGGACAAAAGAUGAUAAUUAUAUGAUUGUUUCGAGUGAUAAGUAUAAGACAUCCAAUUCAGAGAAGACAUAUAAAGUACAUAUGAAGUUAACCAUCAAAAACAUUGAUAGUUCCGACUUUGGCACAUAUCGAUGUUAUGCCAAAAAUAGUUUGGGAUCCACACAGGGAUCCAUCAGACUUUACGGUUAG